GGAGGGGAGGCGGGCUGGUUUGAACGCGGGCGGUUGUGGCCGCGGUCGCCUUCGCCCGUUGGGGCGGGCGCAGCAAGACGCAAGUCGUAGCAGCGCCCGCGCCGCCUGCCUGGAGUGAAGACAGCGCGCGGGCGGGCGCGUUCUCUUCCCUCUCUCUUCGCCCCCCACCCCACCCCCUGCUGCUUUUUCUCCUGCUCCUCCCCUGCGUUGCCUGGUCACAAGGGCCGAGGAAGCGGCGGCUGUAGUAAUGGAGGAAGCGACGGGGGGUUAGUCGGAGACAGAGGACGCCCGCAGGGCGAGAGGUGGUGGGGGGCUCCCCUUCGCCCUUGCGGCCACUGCUGGUUUAUUGCGCGCCUCCUUUGCCCGCCCCGCCGCGUAUGGCUUUCAUGAUGAUGAAGAAAAAGAAGUUCAAAUUCCGCGUGGAGCUGGAACUGGACGAGCUCUCCUCGGUGCCCUUCGUGAACGGGAUCCUCUUCUGCAAGGUGCGGCUGCUGGACGGCGGGAGCUUCAGCGGAGAGUCGUCCAGGGAGGUAGUACAAGCAAACUGUGUUCAUUGGAAGAAGAAGUUUUCAUUUAUAUGUAAAAUAAGUGCAAGUGCUACUACAGGGAUUCUGGAUUCCUGCAUCUGCAGAGUCUCUGUACGGAAGGAAUUAAAAGGAGGGAAGGCUUAUGCAAAGUUGGGUUUUGCAGACCUUAACCUGGCAGAGUUUGCUGGAUCAGGAAAUACUACUCGCCGCUGCUUACUGGAAGGUUAUGAUACCAAAAACACAAGGCAGGACAAUUCAAUUCUCAAAAUCUUAAUCAACAUGCAGCUAAUGUCUGGAGACCCAUGCUUUAAAACACCUCCAUCCACAGCAAUGUCUGUAUCAAUUGCUGGAGAAUCAGAAUCCUUGCAUGAAGACAGAAAAGGUGCAGAGAACACUAAAGUGUCACAUUUGACUGUAGCAGAUUUUACAAACAAGACCAUCUCAGCCUCAGAUGAAUCUGGAGCAUGUAGACACUCUAGGACUUCUAGUUAUGCAAGCCAGCAGUCAAAAGUGUCAGGAUACAGUACUGCUCAUUCCAGAUCAUCCAGUUUCUCUGAUCCCUGUCAUAAAAGAAAUACCUCUGUGGGAAGUACAUCAACUGGUAUAAGUAGUAUUCUAGAGCCAUGUGAAGAGACUGAAUCCAAAAGCACUGAGGAUAAUUUGGAAGCAACUAUGAAAGAUGCAGUCUCAGAAAAAUCAAACAGGCAACCAGUAAAACAGGACUCUGUGGAAUCACAGCUAAAGAGGGUUGAUGCCACAAGAGUUGAUGCAGAUGAUAUUGUUGAAAAAAUACUGCAGACUCAAGACUUCAGUUUGGACUCAAGUGCAGAAGAGGAAGGAUUAAGACUUUUUGUAGGUCCUGGAGGAAGCACUGCUUUUGGAAGUCAUCACUUACCUAAUAGAGUGGGAUCUGGAGCUUAUGAACAAGUAGUGAUAAAACGCUAGAAGAACUGGACUAAGUUGAUGGAUCUCCAGAAUUUAUUUCUCAAUAUUAUCAAAGAUGAGAUCUUCUGAAAGCUGGCAUACACUGGCCUGAAUCUAUCAAUUUAGAUUCUUUAUAUUGAAAAUACUCUCUUCUGAAACCACCUGUGAUAUAAGGGCAAUUUUCCAUCUUUUAGUAUGUUGCUAAUUCGUUGACAAAUUCGUUGACGGACUUGUUGCAUUGUUCCAUAUGUAAAUCAAAUUGCUUUUUUGGAAAGAGGAAAAAUUCUAUAUAAUUCUAUAUAUACAUUCUAUAUAAUUGAACGUAUAUUGAACUCAGUUGUCAAUGAGUGGAAAUACCUUCAGUAAUAUUUUCUAUAGGCAAAUCAGAAUAGGAAAUGGGAAGUACUGAUUCAAGGAAGUGUUUUAAGAAAGUACUACUUUUAUAAUACGUGUAGUUUUAAAAUGUGAUAUGCAUUUCAGUGAUGUAUUUGAUUGUCACUUGAAAAUGAGUGACUAACCCAAACUAAAUUUAAUAGGAUUUAUGUGCAUAUUGUAUUACUGUUUGAACUGUACUCAGAGCCAAGUAAGUGCUGUAUUCUUAAAACCAUCCUUUAAAAGUAUAAGGUUGUAUUGACUGACGUUUGGUCUGUACCAAAAGCACCAUCACAGGAGUGAAUGAGAACUUUGAGCUCACCGGAUAAUUUGCAGAGAAAGCUUGGAGAAUAACAUUUGAGAGUGCCUUGUUUCUAAGGAAAAGGGAGUUACAAACUAUUUUAUGAAGCUUUAAUAAUAAAUAGUAAACAGCUAUAAAGAGAAGCACUUUAUAAAGGUUACUUCAGUCCAUGUGAAAUCCAUUCUUUUAGUUGAAUUUCUGACUUGGGCCCAACUUAAAUCAGAAAAAUGAUAUAAUAGUAAUUCCCUUAGUUUUUGUUGCAUUAUGUUUGCCAGUCAUAAAGUAUUGUAGCUGUAUAGGUCCACGCACGAAGGAAAUACUUGUUAGAUGCAGCAUCACCUUUGUAAAAACUUACAUGGAUGAGUGCUUUACUCCUAGUGCUGUCCAGGUUUAAGUUGCAUUUUUUCCAUGUCUUCUUAAAUAGGAUUGAUUUCAAUGAGGCUUAUGCAGAAGAAAUCUCCUGGUAGAACUGUGAUGUAUAAAACAAAACAAUGUAAUUUGCCUAUGCAACGAUUUCAACAAAGCAGCAUCUGAUAGCAGAAACAUCACAUUUUAUUUUUGCAAACAGCAUGAAAACUGCCAAUAAUUUUGAACUGUAUCAAUAGUUGUUUAGUAGCUGGUCUCAUAUCUUUAAAAAAUAGAAAUUGAUAUACCUUUAAAAACAACUUUAAAUAAGCUAAUUAUAGAUAUCUUAUUUUUUUUAUUUUUACUGUUUUCAUGGUAUCAGUGUUUCAUUUCUCUUUGAAAAAAUAUAAUGAAAGAGUUGUUUUUAGUUAAAUGAAGGAUUUUUAAUGUUUGAAAUACUGUUUUUAUAAAUGUCAUAGCUCUUUUUGUUGAAAUCACAUGUGUGAAUUCUUAAAAUAAUACAUUUCUUUAUUAUGGUACCCAAAAGUAUUUUAUUAUGUUUCAACUUGUUCUAACUUGACUUUAAGUGGAAAAAGCUGCUAUUAAAAUAAUGGAAAGAGAAUGCACAAGGUUUAUUUUGAAAUACAUUCUAAUUUACUUUGAACUUAAAGUGUGGUUAAGUAAAACAUACCUAAAAUAGCGCUUGGAUUUACUGAGGAAUGUUCUUAGUGCUGGAAAAUAAAUAAUUGAUCUAGAGAAAUAACAAAUUGAUAUGAGAAUGCACGGGUUAAAAUAAAUGACAGGGUUAUAUACUCAUAACGAGAAAUUAUCACGUUCAGCUAAAUGUUCCACAGUGAAUAUGAUUUGUAUGGUCAAAUGCAAUAUUAGUCCACACAAAAAUACCCAAUUUUGCUCCUUCUAGAACUAGUUGGAAGGGAAUUUAUCUCUUGCACUCAACCUGUUGGUGGUAGCUGUUUUUAUUCCAUGUGCUAAUUCUAUGUAAUAAUUCUGUGUAAAGUUUGAACAAAUAUCAUGCACUUUUAUUAAUUGUACCAUUUUAAUGAAGUGAUUCCAGUACCAUCUGAGACAUGGGAAAUGACCUUCAUAUUUAUAUGGCAUUAAAUUUGUGUAAACUGUAUACUGACAUGCUAAUGUUUUUAUUAAAAUCAACAUUUUUAUCAUAAACUACUUAUUGUAAAGUGAACUUACAAAUUCAAUAAAAUUUGUCUUCAACUUC